AAAACACUUGGUACUAAAUCCAGUUUUACUUACUAAAUGUAGUGAAUCCAGUUUUAUUUACUAAAAUUUAGUAAGUGUAACUGAAUUUACUUUAAAAAUCAUUGAACAGUACACAUAGGUAAAUAAUAACUUAAUAAAACUUUAAAAAUUGACUGAGAUUAGUUUUUUUUUCUGCAUGGAUGUGCCAUCAAUUUAAUACAUAAUUAGGCUCCUUUGUUUCUGUUUGUAUUUAAAUUUAGUGUUUGUCACACUUCACUUGCUAAUUUAAUUAUUUACUCAGUGUCCCCCACUGGUUGCAUCCCAUACGGCUCCGGUACAACACCAAAACCAGGAAACUGACACUGGUCCAGAGCAUGUGCUCGGCUCUCUGUCAUUUUAUCCCACGUGCAGAUUCAUGGAUCCACCACUGCAAUUAAGGUGCAGAACUGCUUCAUCACCACAAGGACCUCCUUCGUCCUGCCCGCUUUACUCACACUCACCCACACUAUUCCUUGGCAACCACUAAUCUGUUUUCCAUCUCUAUGAUUUUGUUAUUUCGUGAAUGUUACAUAUGUGAAAUCCUAUCAUACAGUAUAGUCCUUUGGAGGUUGGCUUCCUCCCUCAGCAUAAUGCUGAUGAGAUUCAUCCAAGUUGUCGCAUGUAUCACUAGUUCCUUUUUUAUGCUGAGUAGAAUUCAUGGUGUGGAUGUACCAUGGUUUGUUUAACCAUUUAUCCAUUGUAGGAUCGGUUGAACAUCGGUUGUUCCCAGUUUUGAGCUAUUGUAAAUAAAGCUACUACGAACAAUAGUGUACAGGCUUUUGUGUGGACAUAAGUUUCAUUUCUCUGAGAUAAAUACCCAAGAGUGCAGUUGCUGGGUCAUAUAAUUAAGUAUAUGUUUAAUUUUUAGAGAAAUUGCCAAGCUGUAUUCCAGAGUGGCUGUACCACUGUACAUUCCCAUCAGCAACACAGAUAAGAGACCUAGUUUCUCCACAUCAUUGCCAGCAUUUGGUAUUGCCGCUAUUUUAUUUUGGUUGCUCUGAUAGGUGUGAAGUAAUAUAUCAAGGUGAUCUUAACUUGCAUUUCUGUAACGGCUAGUGAUGUUGAACAUCUUUCACAAGCAAGCUUAUCUGCCAUCCAUAUAUCCUUUUUGGUGAAACAUGUCUUCAUAUAUUUGCUUAUAUUCUAAUCGUAUUUUUUUAAAUUUUACGUUUUGAGAGUUCUUAAAAUAUUUUAGGUACCAGUCCUUCAUGUAGUUUGUAAAUAUUUUCUUGCAGUCUGUGGCUUGUCUUUUCAUCCUCUUAAUAGAGUCUUUCCCAAAACGAAAAUGUUUAACUUUGGUUAAGGCCAAUUUAUUGACUUCUUUCUUUUGUGGAUUGUGCUUUUGGUGUCAUGUCUAAGAACUCUUCACCAAGCCCUCAGUCCUGAAAAUCUUCUCCUAUAAAAGUUUUAUAGUUUCACACAUUUUUACACUUAAGUCCAUGAUCAUUUUGAGUUAAAUUUUGCAUUUGCAGAUGACAUGAUAAACUAUGUAGAAAAUUCCAAGGAAUUUACAACCAAAAAUCUCCUAGAACUAAUAAAUGAGUUCAGCAAGGUCUCAGGAUACAAGAUCAACACACAGAAUUCGAUUACAUUUCCAUAUACUGACAAUGAACAUGUGGAAACCAAAAUUUAAAACACAAUAUCAUUUACAGUCACUCCAAAGAAAAUGAAAUACUUAGGUAUAAACUUUAACAGCACAUGUACAGGAUCUGUAUGCUGAAAAUUACAAAAUGCUGAUGAAAGAAAUCAAAGAUCUAAAUAAAUGGAGAGACAUAUCAUGUUCACGGAUUGAAAGACUCAACAUAGUAAAGAUGCCAAUUUUCCCCAAAUUGAUUUAUAGUUUGAAUGCAAUUCCUAUCAAAAUCCUACAAAGGAUAUUUGUGGACACAGACAAGUUUAUUCUAAAAUUUAUCUGGAAGGACAUGGACCCCAGAAUAGUUAGAACAGUCAUGAAAAAGAGUAAAGUGGGAGGAAUCAUCUAACGCAGUAUUAUGGCUUUGCUGUAAAGCUACCGCGGUGAAGACUGUGCUGUUGUCAGAGGGAUAGGCAUGGUGAUCAACGGAACGGUGCAGAGAACCCAGAAACAGCCAACAAGCAGCCAAAUGACUUGACAGAUGUACAAAAGCAAGUUCAUGGAGGAAGAACAGACUUUUCAAUAAACGGUGCUGGGACAAUUUGAUACCAGUAGGCAAAAAAGAAAGAAAAACACCUUCACCUAAACCUCAUGCCCUAUGCCAACAAUUUUCUUUCUAAAGAUUGAAAAAAAAAAACCAUAUAUAUAUAUAAAUAUAUACACACACAUAUAUAAAUAAACAUUGCUACGGCUCCAAGGCAGGAGUCACUUUUGCAUUUGUACCUGAAAGACAAGUAAGGACUAGCGCGGUAGAAGGUUAGGUGCUCAGGGGCCAAGGCCAGGGGCAAGCGCCACCACCUCCAGGCCACGCGGACCCAGCCCCCGCCCCGGGUGCUUACUAGCCACGCCCCCAAUACGGUAGGGGAGGGGCCAGGACGCCCAUACACUGACAGCUGGGGCGGGGCGGGGGCGGGGACCGGAGCUUAGGCGCGCCACUUCCGCCGGAAGCUCAAUUGCCCAGCUUCCUGUUGGAGUUGGUCCGGCAAGUCCGGGAGUUGCGUUUCUGACAAGGGGAAGAGCCCCAAACUCACUUUUUCAAAUCCGCCUCGGGCCAGUUGUGAGUGGGCUCGAUCUAGACACUGCAGCUGGAGGAGUCCCGGCCCGAGGACGGCUGCUGGCUAGCAGAAGAGGACCUUCUCUCUUCCGGAACGGAGGCUGCGCGCACAGGCUGUUUCCGGGGGGCCGGACUCCGUCGCCGCGCCGCGCUCCGCCCCGCGCGGGGCCACGUCUCCUCCUGAGCGGCCGGGCGGGGCGUUCGCCGCGGCUUCCUCAGCGCCGGGGUAUCAUGAUAUUACUUGGUUUGAUUUCAGGCCAUUUGUGAGACUUUAAAUCUUCCGAAAAGGCAACCCUAGUGCGGUCCAUCCCAGGAGCUCUUGGCCGUUGCUGAUGGCAGAAGCCAAACUCGCCUGCAGUUCACUUGCAGCCCCCGAGUGUCAGCCCAGCCCGUGUCACCCUAGCCAUGGACGGUGCAGCGGCUGUACAGGAAGGCCUGUUGGAGGACAGACCCGGCAGUGGGGUCUCGGCUCGCCCUGAGGACCCCCCAAAGCCCACGGGCUCCUUGACAUCACUGGACCGGUGGGAUGAAGCCCAGUGUGCCGGUGUCGAGGUAAACAGAGCUUCAGAUGAAGGAGGAAGCCAAGGAGACACCUGUCCGAAUGGGCCGGCGCCACAUUUCCCAGACCCUCCGCUGACAGUGGGUCCUGAAGCCUCUCCAGGUGUGGCUGAUUUCCAUGACAACCUAAGGAAGUCUCAGGGGACUAGUGCUGAGGGCAGUGUUAGAAAAGAAGCUUUGCAGUCCCUCAGACUCAGUCUUCCUAUGCAAGAAACGCAACUGUGCUCAACAGAGGCUUCACUGCCCCUGGAGAAGGAGGAGCAGGUCCGACUUCAGGCUCGGAAACGGCUGGAAGAGCAGCUCAAACAGUACAGGGUGAAGCGCCAGCAGGAAAGAUCAAGUCAACCUGUAACUAAAACGAGACUUUUUAGCACACUUGAUCCUGAACUCAUGUUGAACCCAGAAACCUUACCGAGGGCCAGUGCCGUGGCUAUGACCAAAGAAUAUUCCUUCCUGCGCACCAGCGUCCCUCGGGGGCCGAAGGUGGGCAGCUUAGGGCUCCUGGCACAUCCUAAGGAGAAAAAAAGUUUCAAAUCAAGCAAAAUUCGGUCUCUGGCUGAUUACAGAACUGAAGAUUCAGACGCUCGGAAUUCUGGUGGAAAUGUUCCGGCUCCGGACUCUGCCAGGGCCUCCCUGGAGCAGAACCGAGGCAGCGGGACGUCAGUGGUGUCUGAGCUCAGCCUGUGUCCCGAGGCCGACGACCGCCUGGAGGAUGCGUCCCUGGUGGGGGACAAUGUGUCCGAGGCUGACGGGACCGAGAGUGACAGCUCCUCCUAUAGCAGCGUCUCCGCCCGAGGGACGGCCGGCCUUCUGGUGAACACUGGGGGCGUGGUCCAGGCCCCCGGUGGGGUCAGCAGCCGGGAGAUCGCCGCCAGCGCCCUGGGCCAGCUCCCCUCCAUCUCGGAUGUCCUUCGGGCUGCAGCCGCCGAGCGCCAAGAGCAGAAGGUCAACGGGGAAACGCGGCGCCGGGCCGACAGCAUCUGCAGCAGCGUGUCCAUGGAGAGCUCUGUUGCUGAAACUCAGGAUGAAAUGUUGCAGGUUCUUAAAGAAAAAAUGAGACUCGAAGGACAGCUGGAAGCUUUAUCAUUAGAGGCUAGUCAGGCACUUAAAGAAAAGGCCGAGCUGCAAGCGCAGCUGGCCGCGCUGCACACGAGGCUGCAGGCACAGCUGGAGCAGAGCCACAGCAGCCAGCAGAGGCAGGACUCGCUCAGUUCGGAGGUGGACACCUUAAAGCAGUCUUGCUGGGACCUUGAGCAGGCAAUGAGCGCCCUGCAGAACAUGCUGGAAGCCAAGAAUGCUAGCCUGGCCUCCUCCAACAGCGACCUGCGGUUGGCAGAGGGCCAGUACCAGAGACUCAUGGCCAAAGUGGAGGAGAUGCAGAGGAGCGUCCUCAGCAAGGACAGCACAGUGCAUGACCUGCGGCAGCAGAUGACAGCCUUGCAGAGCCAGCUGCAGCAGGUGCAGCUGGAGCGCACGACGCUGACCAGCAAGCUGAAGGCAUCCCAGGCCGAGAUUGCGUCCCUGCAGAGUGUCCGGCAAUGGUACCAGCAGCAGCUCGCCCUGGCCCAGGAGGCCCGGGUCCGGCUGCAGGGCGAGAUGACCCACAUCCAGAUUGGACAGAUGAGCCAGGCGGGCCUCCUGGAGCACCUGAAGCUUGAGAAUGUGUCCCUGUCCCACCAGCUGACGGAGACCCAGCAGAGGUCGAUCAAGGAGAAGGAGCGCAUCGCCGCCCAGCUCCAGGGCAUCGAGGCUGACAUGUUGGACCAGGAAGCUGCCUUGGUGCAGAUUCAAGAGGCGAAGACGAUGGUGGAGGAGGACCUGCAGAGGAGGCUGGAGGAGUUUGAAGAUGAGAAGGAGCAGCUGCAGAAGGCGGCGGCCGCGGCGGCGGCCCUGGAGCAACAGCUGGAGCAGGUGAAGCUGACUUUGCAUCAGCGGGACCAGCAGCUUGAGGCUUUGCAGCAGGAGCACCUGGGCCUGCUGAAGCAGUUCGCCUCGACACAGGAGGCUUUGCAGAGCAGGGAGCGGGCCCUCGGGGACCUGCAGGUGCACUGCGACGAGCUGCAGGCCGGGCUGGAGGAGCUCCAGGGGGAGGCGGCCGCCAGGGACGAUGCCAUCCGUUUCCUGCAGCACGAGAAGACCGUCUUGGAGGUGGCUGUGCAGGCGGCCCGGAGCGGCAGGGAGGAGUCUGAUAGAGAGGCAGAAUGCCUGGAAGAGGGUGCCCAGGACACGUCAGGAACUUUAGAGCAGUUGACCCAGGAGUUAGCCAUCAAGUCCAGCCAGGUGGGGCACCUGCAACAAGAAGCUGCCUCCCUGAAAAAGCAGGCGCAGAAAAUAAAGGAACAGUUUCUUCAACAAAAGGUGAUGGUGGAGGCCUACCGCCGGGACGCCACCUCCAAAGACCAGCUCAUCGGUGAGCUGAAGGCCGCAAAGAGGAGGCUGGACUCGGAGGUGAAGGAGCAGCGGCAGGAGGCCGUCCGACUCCACGGGGAGAAGAGGGCCGCGGAGGUGCAGCACUUGCGUCUGCAGAGGGAGGCGGCGCAGGCCCGUCAGCAGCUGGUGGAUCUUGAAGGGCACCUCCAGUCCACGCGGCGGGAGCGCGACGAGAUGGAGAUGGACUUACAGUCUUUGCAGUUCGAUAAAGAGCAGGUGGCUGCUCUCACGGAGGCCAACGAGGUGCUCAAGAAACAAAUAGAAGAGCUGCAGCAAGAAGCCACGAGGGCCAUCACCGAACAGAAGCAGAAGAUGAAGCAGCUGGGCUCAGACCUGAGCAGCGCGCAGAAGGAGGUGAAGACCAAGCACAAGGCCUACGAGAACGCCGUGGGCAUCCUCAGCCGCCGCCUGCAGGAGGCCCUCGCGGCCAAGGAGGCGGCCGAGGCUGAGCUGAGCCAGCUGAGAGCCCAGGUGGCCGGCGGUGGCGGCAGCGACCACACCCUGCACGAGCGGGUCCAGGCCCUGGAGGCGGAGCUGCAGGCUGUGGGCCACAGCAAGAGGGUGCUGGAGGGGGAGCUGCAGGAGGUCAUCACGCUGACCAGCCGGCAGCUGGAGGAGCAGCGGGAGAGGGUGCUGGAGCUGGAGGACGAGCUGCAAGAGUCCAGAGGCUUCAGGAGGAAGAUAAAGUGCCUUGAGGAGUCGAAUAAGAAGUUGGCUCUGGACUUAGAGCAUGAGAGAGGGAAGCUUCUGGGCCUUGGACAGUCCAGCGCGGCCCUGAGGGAACACAACGGCAUCUUAGAGACAGCUUUAGCCAAGAGGGAAGCAGACCUGGUCCAGCUGAACCUGCAGGUGCAGGCAGUUUUGCAGCGCAAAGAGGAGGAGGACCGCCAGAUGAAGCAGCUCGUCCAGGCCUUGCAGGCCGCGCUACAGAAGGAAAAGGUGACGGUGCACAGCCUCGAGGAGCAGGUUGCUGCCGCCCAGGCGGAAGCGGGGCACAGCCGCCGCCAUUUUAAGGCCGCCACCUUAGAGCUGAGCGAGGUGAAGGAGGAGCUGCAGGCCAAGGGGCAGGAGGUGCAGCGGCUGCAGGCGGAGGCAGACGGGCUCCAGAUUCAGGAGGGGAAACAUUCCCAGGAAAUAGCACAGUUCCAGGCAGAGCUGGCAGAGGCCCGGACCCAGCUCCAACUCCUGCAGAAGCAGCUGGAUGAGCAGCUGAGCAAAGAGCCCGUAGGAAACCAAGAGAUGGAAAAUCUCAAAUGGGAGGUGGAUCAGAAAGAGAGAGAGAUCCAGUCCUUGAAGCAGCAGCUGGGCUUGACUGAGCGGCAGAGUAAACAGGAGUUGGAUGGAACACAGCAGUCACUGCAGAAUAUUAAAUCUGAGCUGGAGAUGGUACGGGAAGAUCUGUCCCUGACCCGGAAAGAUAAAUUCGUGCUUCAAGCUAAAGUGUCGGAACUGAAGAGCAACAUGAAGACGCUGCUCCAGCAAAACCAGCAGCUCAAGCUGGACCUGCGGCGGGGAGCAGCCAGGAUGCAGAGAAAGGAGCCGAAGGGAGAAGCCAGCUCUUCCAGCCCCGUGACGCCGGUGAAGAUCCCUGACUGCCCCGUGCCGGCCUCGCUUUUGGAGGAACUGCUGCGGCCCCCGCCUGCUGUGAGCAAGGAGCCCCUCAAGAACCUCAACAGCUGCCUCCAGCAACUCAAGCAGGAGAUGGACAGCCUGCAGCGCCAGAUGGAGGCACAUGCGGUCACUGUGCACGAGUCGCUGUCCUCGUGGACGCAGGGGGACCCUGCCAGCCCCUCCUGCCUGGGCGAGCACGCUAACCCCAGAGGAGACACGGAGCAACACGGUCAGAGCAGGGCCACGAGAGAGCUCUUUGGAAUGGUGACCGCCGAGCAUCCCCACCCCGAGUGUUUGUAGCUGACCGCAGGAAUGCUCUCUUCUCCGUGUUAUUUAUUUGACUGUGUGCUCUAUUGUCUUUCUAAGAGAAGAAAGUUAAGUCUUGCGUUGGCCGUUACAAGGAGUAAAAUAACAAAAUGAGAGCCGAGAAUUGACGAUAGUCAUCUGCAGGUCACAACCAGCUUUUCCCACGAAGUGACCAAAUCUUAAAAACCUAAUUUAGGUCUCAGUGAGACAUUUUGAAUGUGUCUGAAGGGUUAUUUGCAAAAGGAGGUAUCUUAGGCCUGACCGUAGACGCUGCUCUCGGACGGUCGCCGGCGGAGGCGUUGCAUGGCUGCGUCCGGCUUCUCACUUUCCUGUCUGAUUCAGAAAGAGCUUUCCUCCCUGCAGGAGCGAGACUUCGUUUGCACCUUUGGCUUUUAUUUUAUUUUGUUUUGUUUUCAAUAGCCAUCUCUCCGUAGAACAUGUAUAUAAAUACCGGAAAUCAUAAUCUAAUCUUUAAAAAGUAUAUGCUCAUAUUAUUUAAGAAUGACCCGAAUUGUCUUUUUAUUGAUUGCCUUUGGAAAAUCUGCAGUUAGGAAGUAACGUAUGUGUCGGAUUUAGGAAUGUCAGAAAAUUAUGUUUUAAGAAAUGUAAUUAUUUUAUUUACCUUCUAAAGCCAAAUAUUCGUAGCAGAAGUUCUUUGUUAUUUUAGUUUCACUUUAUUUUGAGGGUCUUUCCUUGCCAUGAGUGCACAACACCCACCUGUUUGACCCCUGGCCCUGCAUGGCCUCGCUCACCUUGGCCAACCCCCGGGCAGGCCUGAUGACCACCAGGACACCCACAUAGACACCACGGUCAGCACACGCUGACCUGAUCCGUGAGGCGUGGGGAGAGGCCUCAAGAGAGGAGGGGAGGGGAAGCGAGGAGGAGGAGUAGGGCCGGGGCUCCCGCAGGCUCCAAAUCAGGGAUCAGGGCUUCCCCAGGCCUCACGCUUUGCCCUUGUGUGGCAAUGUCCACCAGCGCCUGUGUGGUCGUCAAGAGAUAUGCUGGCCUCUGUGCGGUGACAGCCUUCAGAAGGGUGAGAAGGCCCUUGACCCUCUCACUUGGAGAGCAGCGAAAGGGGCAGGUCAGCACAAGGGGGUCUCCGGAGGUUUAUUUGAAAUCAGACACCCCAAGUGUGCGAGGUCCCGCCUAGAGUGACUGACUGUGAGACUCGAGGUUUGUAAGCUUGCCCCUAGUUUGCUAAGAUGAUCUAAAAUAAUGUUCAUUGUUCCAAGUUAGAGAAGAGAGAGAGAGAACGGGUCUGUGUGGCCCCCUGUGCAGGUCGGCUGGUCUGAAGAUGAAGUCUGCGGUGUUACUGAUCAGGCCAGACACGCUCGUGUCACCGCAUCACCUGGGUCUCUCUUGUGGAGAAAACAGCGUGGUGUUUUUAAUCUGCUUGUGUUCUCUCACAAUAUGCUGUUAGAAGGUUAAUUGAUAAGAUUAAAAGUAGCAUUAAUCACAAAGAUGUUUAGUGUUUAAAGAAAUUCCCCAGCAAGUAUUGGAACGUCUAAAAUAUGUAUAUCAUCUGUACAGGGUUAAUCUUGGUAAUUAUACUUGAAAACUUUAUUCUACUCUUCCUUUUAAGUUGGAAAUCAUUUUUGACAAAAUUGUUUUCAUACCAUUGGAAAAGAAAAAUGGUAAUUUAUGUUCUUAUUUAUUUUGGCUGCGAUGUCUUUUGUUUUAAUUUUAGAGCCAAGAAAUCACACUUAGCCUCAUUUUGUAGCUGCUUUCUCGCUCCUUGCUGAGGUCUUCCAGAAAAUCACAGUGUAUCUUCUUCCUUAGGAAAGGAUAAAGGAAUCCUGAGUAUAUCCAUCAAGAGAAAGCCAAUCUCUGUUCCCCUCCCCUUUUCCUUUGUCGAGUCACCCUCCGUGUGUGUACGUGCGUGCGCGCGUGUGUGCGCGUGUACGUGUGUGUGUGUACACGUGUGCGUGUACGUGUGCACGUGCGCGCACCUUCAACAGCAGCGCCUCGUCUGGGCUCCUGCUGUCCUCCUGUGCCAGCUUCAUCCUCUAGUUCUGUGCGCGCCCGGCCUGCCCCCGGCCUGAGCACUCUGGCUGCCAUGUCCUCCUGUGUGUGCCCCUCGUGCUGUCACGUCUGGCCUGUAGUUCCCGAUCAGGGGCCCUUGUGUCUGGGCUUCCUGAACAAAUCACCCUGAAGGGGGAGGUUGGACUGAAUCGCCUGCUCUUGGUUUGCUGCGGGUUUUUUUCUCUGAGGGGCUUUACUGGCGCUCCUGUCUCCCAGAGCUUGAUUCUUUAGUGAACAGCGUUUGAAAUAUUCUUCCGCUGUGGGCAGAAGUGGGAAUUAGGAACUUCCUCAUGGAAAACAGCAGUCAACUCUGGAGCACGUGUAGAAACGCGUUUGCUGUUGCACUGUGUUUGUGUAUGUUGUUCAUCCUGUAUGUCGUGUCCUCACUGGAGAGCAUGUCAGCUUGGACACUUCGUGAUGUUAUGACUUGAUUUUCUUAUGUUCCAAAAAUAACUUACUGCGAGUGGUUAUUGUUGAUUUUUCCACGGUACACAUCAGAUAGAUGCCACGGAUCUUUUAGAUUUACAUGCCUUUGUUCUACUAUUUGGAAGGUGUAACAGGCAGUGUCUUUGAUGAGAUGUGAAACUGGCUCACACUCUGGCCUGGGGUCCAGGUGCCAGGGUGGGCCUCGAGGAAGACAGCCUGUGGAAUGCUGCAUUAGGAAAAUUCUCGUUCAACUCCUCCUCAGUUUAAAAGACUUUUCUUGGUAUAGGGAUACUGCAAAAGCCAUGGGCCUGCAAGGGCACCGUGACAUAUAUUCCUACUUCUCUGAGUAUUUUUUUAACGAAAAUUAAAUGUCGUAAUUAAAUGUGUAAAGACUGCUAGUAGUAGUGAAAGGGACCAGCGGAUCUGAAAGAGAAAUGUCCUGGAGCGUCCCCAAGGGCCGUGACGUGCACAGGGCGGGGCAUGUGAGAGUCUCUCGGAGCCUCCCUCAAGUUCACUCACUCCCCGCAGGGCGCCUCUCAGUGUAUGGUGGUCUCAGGUUACAAUAGGAUCCUUGAUGGGAAUGCUUCAGAGGAUCUAGAAAACUCGGUGGUUUUAAGUUAUUCAUGUUUAAUAAAAAUUUCCUCAUUAAAAGGGAGUCCUCAGGUUGGGGCUAUUCAGGGGAAAAGUGUCACCAUGCACAAUGAAUUGUAACUUUAAAAAGCAUGUUGAUUUUUUAUAAAUUUAAGUGUGCUUGGGAAUUCCUUGAAUUUUGUGCAAUAAACUAUUU